GCUGCUUCCGUCAAGCCUGGAAAGACUGGUAUGACUGGGAUUAUAUCAGCGCCCUCUGUCGACAGAUUGACUGUAUGGGAUAUUCCAAAGCUUCACGAUAGGUUCGGGACGCUUCCCUAGUAGAAAGAUUACAGGCGGCAUCAAUUAUCCAGGAUGGGAGGAGAUACCGGAAGCUUGGCCCUGCUGUUGCUGAUGUGUCUGCCUGGGUUCCAGGCCGCUAGGAUUCUCUUCUUGUACAUGCCAACAUACAGUCACAUCCGGGGAUCUCUGAACGUGGCCACUGAGCUAGCUUCGCGUGGUCACGUGGUAUGGAAUGCUCUAUCAACUAAACUGGCCAAUCAUAAGGGCAUGCAAGCGACGGGUGUCAACAUCCUCAAAUACGAUGCUGUUGAGGACUUAAACUUAGACAAUUUUGUCGACAGUAUAGUAGCCGAUUGUUUGAAAGAAACUUGUACUUUGCACCUUGAUGUCAUGAAGAAAGUAUGUGACCAAAUACUGAGGGACAAGGAAUUAUUUAAGAGAAUCACAGAUUUGAAUUUUGAUUUGAUUAUACUUGAUGUUGUUCCCGUCGCGAGAAUGCUCACCGUCAUUGCUCAUAGACUGGACAUACCCUUCAUAUUCAUGGGGGCAGCAUUCGAGCCUCAAGUCAGCCGGACCCCUUUCAUUCCAUCUGCGUCUCCGUUCAUCAUUUUCCCGAGGACGCCGAAAAUGGACUUUGGGACACGUGUAGCAAAUGUCAUCACGACUUUGAUGUACGUGUUUGUAUAUGAUCCGUUCUGUAGCUUGAGGCCAGUAGCGACAUACGCCCCAGAGAAGCCGUACAUCUCAAUGGAAUCUCUGACAGCUAAGGCCUGGCUUUGGCUCAUCGACAUUGAGCCUCUCCUUCACUACCCAGUAGCCACCCUGCCCAACGUGAAGCUGAUUGGAUCACUGUCAGCGACUGAACCAAAGUCACCCCCUGAUGAAUACAAGAAGUUUAUGGACGAGUCAAAAGAGGGCGUGGUUAUUGUUUCUUUCGGAAGUAAUGUGAAGUCGCUUCCAGAUGUAAUAUCCAAAAGGUUACUUGAGGCAUUUUCUCGAACGAACUACAGAUUCAUAUUCAAGACUGACAAAAAAGUCAAAGUGACACGUAAUGUAAUUUUAACCGACUGGAUGCCACAAUCGGAUUUAUUCGCCCACCCGAAUACUAAAUUGUUUAUCACACAUUGUGGGGCUAGUAGUCAGAACGAGGCUUUCUUGAAGGGAGUUCCGAUGAUUGGCUUUCCCAUAUUUGGGGAUCAACCGUAUAAUUCAGUGAAGCUCGUGUAUCAUGGUUUUGGUGUAAACAUGGAUUUAAGAACGUUUACUGUUGAUGACUUGGUAUCCAACAUCAAUGAGGUCAUACAGAAUUCUUCCUACUCACAGAAAAUCAAGAAAGCUGCAGAAAUCACGAAGCUCCGGAAAAGAAGUCCCAAAGAUGAAGCUGUUUACUGGAUAGAACACGUGCUCAAAUAUGGCGGCGCACAUCUGAGGUCAUAUUGUCAAGACAUGCCGUUGUAUCAGUAUUUGUGUCUGGACGUCAUCGGGCUUGUCCUGUUCAUCCUCCACGUGUGUAUAUUCCUGAUAUGGAAGUCGUGCUGCUAUUGCUGUAGGAAAGCCAGUAAUCAAUCAAAACAAAAACUGGAAUAAGUACAAUUUGUUAAUCCAAAUUCUGGGGUCCGGGCCUUGAUAUUGCUGGACUUAUUCUAAAACGCGGCAUAAAACGCAAGUCACUCCCUCCCCAUGAAAACGUGGUGUAGAUAUGGUAAUUGUCAGUGUGAAUGUUCCUGUUUGGCUGCAUAUCUCUGUCUGUCCUGUUGCCAGCAUCAUUGUGUCAUUUGUAGACACAAUGUUUGUUUCACC